UUAUAUUUAGUGGGAGGAAUCGGGGAUUUUCGACGUGAAUUCCGGUGAAUUCCGGUGAUUGUAAAUGGAUUCCGGUGAAUUCCAGUGAUUAGUCUACCAGGUUUAGGAAGUGUUAUUGAACUAACACAUUUGUAACUGUAAAAGCAAAGAAGAUGUAUUGAAGUCAGACGAUAUGUGUGAAAACAUCAGUCUUAUUUGUGCAGUGUGUCGAAUUGGUAUUUAUUCGUGCUUUAGAAGAAUGUGCUGUAGAGGUCCGACCACUGUUAAACCAAACUUUACUGUACUCUGUCUUGGUUUAACAAAAGCUGGGAAAAGUUCACUACUGGCUCUACUAAGUGGAGAUGAUUUUCAUAAAAUAGAACCAACAAUAGGGUUCAGUAUAAAAGCUCUGCUGUUUGAAGAUUGUAUACUUGAUGUAAAGGAACUUGGAGGUGGAGAAAAUGUUCGUCUAUAUUGGGAUAGAUACUAUGAAGGUACUCACGGUGUUGUAUUUGUUUUAAAUGGAACUGGUACUGAUGAAGAAUUAGAAAUAGUUAAAACAGAGUUUCUUAAAGCAUUAAAUCAUCCACAAUUGGCUUAUCAUCCAUUGUUAGUUCUAGUCAAUUACCAAGAUUUACCUGGAGCAUGUAGUACAGAUGAGAUAAUCAAAUUGUUGGAGUUGGAAAAAGAGACAGAAAAACAAAGAAAAUGGACAAUCCAUGGAUGUUCAGUUAAUGAUAAAUCAAGCCUUGAAUCAGCAUUUGCUCAAUUUAAUACAUUUCUAAUACAAAAGGAGGAAGUGAAAAAUGAUAAGGGAGAAUUUGAUCAGAUCUGAUUACCAACAAUUAAUUUACUCAAAUUAUGUUUAUUUUAUAUACGUGCUUGUAUUAGUAUUAUAAUGGCUGUUUUUAUUUUUAUACGCCCAUAUGGAAAUGUGGUUGUAUAUUGCCGUCGCCCUUGUCCAUCCAUCGUUCACAAUUUCUUAUGAACACUCUACAGACUACAUUUAUCAUCUGAUUGUUUUAAAAUGUAUAUAUGAUUACAUUAUUGAGAUGAAGAAUCCUAUUUAAUUUUCGUCAAUUUCUUCUGGAGCUUUGGUCCUUGUUUCACCUCUUAGAACCUUGUGAUCUGUAUUAACUUUACAUGCAUUAUUUAAAUUAGUUAUGAAGAAACCUAUCGAAUUUCAGCAAUUUCCAUUAAUUACGUUUAGUCUUAUGGCCCUGUAAAUUACUUCCAGAGUUAAGGCCCUUGUUUCAGUUUGUAGAAAAUUGUGAACCCUCAAACGACAAAAGUUAUAAUCUGAUCUUUAUGAUAUUGUAUUGUAAAUGCCCCCCAAUUACCUACAAAAGAAUAAAUAUUCAACAACCCCUGUCGACCGCUCGAACGAUUUAGCUGCUGUAGGCGUAUGUUUCGAUGCGUGGCAACCUAUCUUUUAUCACAGGUAUUAAAAUAGAUUGGGGUUUUUUUUCAUUGGUUUUAUUCUCAAUAUAGAUACAAAUUACAAUACAGGAGAUUCAAAACAAAUCAUUUCACAACAGUAGAUCUUCACCAAAUUUCUAUUCUCUUUGCAUCAUUCCAUACUAUAGAUUUCACAGACUUAUCAAAUAUAUACAAUGAUAUUGUUUUGUGUUAGUCUGAAAUAUUUGACCUCUGAAAUGUUUUUAUGCCAGGAGAGUCUAAAGUUUUUGGCUUUGUCUAUUGGGGGAAAUCUUCCCAUUGAAUCCCCGGGUGUCAUCCCUGCUGUGCAAUUUUUACAAGGAUAUUUUCUUAAUGUUACUACCCGAAUUCAUUACAGGGGUCGACUAAUGUAGAAGGCCCGGUUUAAAGGGUGGGGUGCUGAGCUGCAGCCAACCAAGGGACCCCCAAAUUACUUCUUAAAAAAAAAUCUGGUACCAUAAAUGAAUAUAUCAUUUAUUAUGUUGUAUAUGUUUGUGUCAAAUGAAUCUAUCUACCAUACACUGAUAUUAGUGAUAUACAUUAUACCAUUGUACUGCAGAUGAAAGUUCUGACAUUUAUCUGAGUGAAAAUUUAGUGACAUUCACAGUUCUCUGCAAAGAGACCUGAAUAAAUGAUAUAAGGUAUAAUUAUGUUAGUCCCAAAUUAUAUAUUUGUGUUGUUUGGACCCUUUUUCUCGCUGUGCCUCGUUAUAUUAGUUUUUGUGUAGAUGUUUUGUCUGAAUUCCAAUGUCACUAUUUAGUGUAGUACGACUAUUCUAUUUGGUUUUACAGUUAAAUAUUUAUAUAUUAUAUAGUUAAAUAAAACUGUUAUAAUUGAGUGUAGCCUCCUUUUCCACCAUACAUUACCUCUAAAAGUCUUCAAUAGUAUACACCUUUUUUUUUCGCCCACCCCAACAUUGACAUGGGGUUGUAUAUUGUUUUCAUUUCUGUUGACACUCCAGGGGCUGAAGGUAUCAUCUGAUUGACUUUAAAUUUAUACACAUUGCUUAUCUUCAUGAGACAAAGAAGCUGAUAGUUAUUUUUAUACGCCCCUGAUUGUACAUAAAAUCGCUUUUGUUUUUAGCUUGUUCUCUAUCCAUCUCUUGCAAAAUGUGGGCGUAUCUUACCUGGCAACCGCUGGUUUGGAAGAAGAAACUGAUAAUUACUGUUGAAGUUAUUGCAAUUUAUCACUUUUAAAAGUCGGGUGGCACAGUUAGUGGCUAAUGUUGUUAUCUGAUUAGAAAUUUGUGCAAAGUGUGCAGACUGAUACACUAUGGUACUGUGUUAAAUAGUUCAUUUGAUCAUAUCUUCAAGUCACAUACUGAAAUAUUGAAUAUCCACAUGUCUCUGAAUUUUAUGCAACUUCGUGACUAAGAGAUAUGUCUAAUUUUCAAUAUAUUUUGCUAAUUUUUGUUUAACCUAUUAGGAAGUUCCAAAUAAAUCUAUAAAAUUUACCAUAUAAUUUUAAUCAAAAUAUGUAGCUUUCAUUAAAAUAAGUUUGUUAUUUUCCCUGUUUGUUUUAUUGUUUUAAAAUAGUGUAAAGUAAAUUAUUCCCUUUAUUCAGUCUGUCUAUUUCUUUUCUAGGAGUUGAUUUCAAAGCUGUAAUACUUACCUGCUUCAAAAUCUGUUGCAUGUAAAGUUUAAAUUGUUUAUUUUUGAUUGAAUAAAAUACUAUUUCUUUACCUUA